GCCCAGCUCGCGCUGUGGGGCUGCCGGGCCGGCCGGGCUGCGCUGCGAGGGCAGGAGGCGCCGCCGCCUCUCCGCUUCCCGGACCUGCCUCGCCGCCGCCGCCGCCGCCGCCGCCGCCGCAGCCGCCGCCGCGGCUCUCCGUCCUCCGACUCUCCGCCCCGCCGCCACCCGGCUCCGGCUCCGGCUCGGGCCGCGCCGCCCUCGGCCGCCGCCACCUGGGGAUCCCGAGCGAGGGGCGGUUGUCCUUGCCGGAAGGAACCAUGAACUGGCAUUUUCCCUUCUUUCUUGUGGCCACAGUGACUUUGCCCUCUGUGUGCUCCCAGUUCAACCCCCUAUCUCUGGAGGAACUAGGCUCCGACACAGGAAUCCAGGUUUUCAAUCAGAUUAUCAAAUCCCGGCCUCUUGACAACGUGGUCGUGUCCCCCCAUGGGAUUGCGUCCGUCCUGGGGAUGCUUCAGCUGGGAGCCGACGGCAGGACUAAGAAGCAGCUCACCACGGUGAUGAGAUACGGCGUGAAUGGAGUCGGUAAAGUGUUAAAGAAGAUCAACAAGGCCAUCGUCUCCAAGAAGAAUAAAGACAUCGUGACGGUGGCCAAUGCAGUGUUUGUGAAGAACGGCUCUAAGAUGGAAGUGCCUUUCGUUACGAGGAACAAGGACGUGUUUCAGUGCGAAGUCCAGAACGUGAACUUUGAAGAUCCAGCCUCUGCCUGUGACUCCAUCAACGUGUGGGUUAGAAACGAAACCAGGGGUAUGAUCGACAAUCUGCUCUCCCCAAAUCUCAUCGAUGGUGCGCUCACCAGACUGGUCCUGGUUAAUGCCGUGUAUUUUAAGGGUUUGUGGAAAUCGCGGUUCCAACCUGAGAACACAAAGAAACGCACGUUUGUGACAGCUGAUGGGAAGUCCUACCAAGUGCCCAUGCUGGCCCAGCUCUCCGUGUUCCGAUGCGGGUCUACAAGCACCCCCAACGAUUUAUGGUACAACUUCAUUGAACUGCCCUACCACGGGGAAAGCAUCAGCAUGCUGAUUGCGCUGCCCACGGAGAGCUCCACCCCGCUGACGGCCAUCAUCCCUCACAUCAGCACCAAGACCAUAGACAGCUGGAUGAGCACGAUGGUGCCCAAGAGGGUGCAGGUCAUCUUGCCCAAGUUCACGGCGGUAGCACAAACAGAUCUGAAGGAGCCGCUGAAAGUGCUCGGCAUCACCGAGAUGUUUGAUCCAUCAAAAGCAAAUUUUUCGAAAAUAACAAGGUCAGAAAACCUUCACGUCUCUCAAAUCUUGCAAAAAGCAAAAAUUGAAGUCAGUGAAGACGGAACGAAAGCUUCAGCAGCAACAACUGCGAUUCUAAUUGCAAGGUCGUCACCUCCCUGGUUCAUAGUAGACAGACCCUUUCUAUUUUUCAUCCGACAUAAUCCCACAGGUGCUGUCUUAUUCAUGGGGCAGAUAAACCAACCGUGAAGAGUAUACAGAAGAAACCAUGCAAAAGCAAAGACUACUUUGUGACGAAGAAAACUCCUUUCCUACAUCUUUCAUAGUUCUGUUAAAUAUUUUUGUACAUUUCUUCCUUUUUCAAAACUAGUUCUUAGGAACAGAGACUCAAUGAUGCAAGCAUUUUUGUCCCGGGAUAUAUAUCAAAGGGAAAAAGGGGCAGGAUGGCUGGAACACUGUACUGACAAAUGAAUAGAAAGGCUUCAAAAUGUCUAAAAAACGCUUUGAACUACUGAGCAGGUACCUAGGCUAACCCUCCCGAGUAUUUACUGUCCAGUUCAGGAGUUUUGUUUUGUUUACACGUGUGGCAUUUCAGAAGAAAUGUAAUCAGUGUGAUGGGGGAAAAAAAACCCACAACACAUUUUAUGGUGGCUUUUACUUUUUUAUGAAAAAAUAUAUAUAUUAUCGGCCUUUUUAAUUCUUUUGUUUUGGUCCCAUCCAAAGUCUUGAUAGUAAGCAUUAUUUUGGGGGUAGAAAUAGUGAAAUCUCUAGCCUCUUUGUGUUGUUGUUGUUGUUGUUGUUGUUGUUGUUUUAUAUAAUGCAUGUAUUCACUAAAAUAAAGUUUAAAAAACUAA